GGCAAAACUCCGGCAAAAAUAACUUGUCUAGCGUUCUGAUGACUGGGUCUUGGGAGAGAGCAUUAUAAAUUUGCCAUCAGCCCUCGGGGUUAGGCUUUCUUUUUCUUGUUUCGGGCUGCUGGCCACGCAACAGAAUCCCUCGCCAUGCUGGGCUUCAAAUUGCUUGCUACGUUUGCUGCCGUCGUUGCUCCGGCACUUGGCCGGCCAACUGAGUCUAAUCCCGCUAGUCUCCGAGGUAGGAGUUCGCAAGAUCUUCCUGUUGUUGACCUGGGGUAUGAACUUCACCAGGCCAUCGCGUUAGAAUCGGGGCUCUAUAACUUCAGCAAUAUCCGCUAUGCUGCACCUCCACUGGGUAACCUUCGUUUCCGGGCCCCCGUCGCCCCAAAGACAAACCGUACUGUCAUCCAGAAAGGCGAUGUCGGUCGGACAUGCCCUUCUGCAGAUCCAUUGUGGAGCACCGACAUAGCUCCUGGUUUUGUUCUGGACUACCUUACCGGGAAAACUUUCAAUGGGUCCGCCGAUAUCUCUUCUUAUCCGUACGUCCCUAAGGCCCAGGAUCAAAGGGCCACGGAAGAUUGUCUUUUCCUGGAUGUUGUGACGCCAAAGAGUAUUUUUGACAGCAACAAGAAGGCACCCGUGCUGGUGUGGAUCUAUGGUGGUGGCUAUGUCGGCGGCGACAAGAGCAGCUCAAAUGCGACCGGGUUGAUUAAGCGCAGUUUUACUAAUGGCGGGAAAGGGAUUGUCUAUGUCGCGAUAAAUUAUCGGUUGGGCGCAUUCGGCUGGCUCGCUGGAAAAGACCUGCAAGCCGACGGUGUCGCCAAUGCGGCGUUGUACGACCAGCGAUUCGCCCUGGAAUGGGUGAAGAAGAACAUUCACCUGUUCGGCGGUGAUCCAGAAAACAUCACAGUCAUGGGUGAGUCGGCAGGUGGAGGAUCCAUCCUGCACCAGAUCACCUCGUAUGGGGGCAACGAUGGACCCUUGCCCUUCCGAAGAGCCAUCUUGCAGAGUCCCGGCUGGCUCCCUGUACCACAUCAAGACCAGCAAGACGAGACGCUACAGCAAUUCCUCCAGCUUCUCAACGUCUCCACGAUCCAGCAGGCCCGAAGACUCCCGUCCAGCAAACUAAUCGCCGCCAAUGCGUACCAGGUAGCCACCAAGUCUGCUUACGGCAGCUUCACGUACGGACCGGUCGUCGACGGACUCUUUGUCCCCCAGCCGCCGGGCCAGAUGCUCAUCGGCGGACAAUUCCAUCAUGACGUGGAAAUCUUGGUGGGCCAUAAUGCCGACGAAGGCAUCCUGUUUACCUCACCAGAUGACAGGGUCCAAGACGCCUUUAUCCAGAGCAUCCAGGCCCUACUGGACGACAUCAUCCCGGGCAUGAUCGACUAUAUGCUGAGCUACCUGUACCCGCCCGUCUUCGACGGAAGACACGGGUACAAGGAUAACAUCGGCCGCGCCUCGCAAGUGAUCGCCGACGUCGCCUUCCAGUGCAACACGGAUUACUUGAACCGGGCCUUUGACAACCACACGUACUCGUACAUGUUCAGCGUCCCACCGGCUUUCCAUGGCCAGGAUGUGUCAUACACGUUCUACAACAAGCCCAGCAACUCUUCUUCUUCCUCUUCCUCCGUUGCGAGUGUGGAGGUUGCAUACGCCCUGCAGGACUACAUCACUAGUUUUGUGCAGACUGGCGUCCCGAAAUCACCACUAGGACCGGCGGUGUUCCCUGUACAUGGAUCGGAUGCUCAAUUGGUGAAUCUGGCACCGGCGAACAUCACUAUUAUCAGGGACCCAACGGCCAACCCGAGGUGUACAUGGUGGGAGAGCACAUCCUACUAGUACUAGGUAAGGUGGUGAGAGUGCGCAUUUUAUAAUCUCGACCAUAAUCUCCACGGUAUGAGGGCGAUUCUGUACGAUUAAUAUGUCCGACUUUAUUGUUGUAAUGAGUAGUACAUACGUGUAUUAUGUUGGUGAUACUGUUGGAAUCGGGAAAUGGGAUUUGAUCUUCCUGACAGUUUAUUUUCCCUAUUUUGUGUAAAAUGGUUAUGCAGCAGUUUGAAGCAACUGGAUUGCUUUAGAGCCAUCUCUUCUGUCUAGACUGCUGGAAGCGAUGUAAAUAGGAGGGGUAUCACGUGAAUUUAUACCCGUAGCCCUGGUUACUUAUCAUUCUUCAGCUGUCAAUGAUAGAACGCAAC